AAAUGCAAUCUGGGGUAAACGAAGAAAAGUUCCGCCCCUUCCGGCUUCACUGCCUAGGAUUUAUGCAGACUCAAGAGCUGAAAUAUCUUGUCAAAUUAGAAUCCUUGAUUCAAGAAGCAGAUCCCUCAGUUCUAGAUUCAGUUCAGGAAUACAUAAUAUUCCCCCUGCAGCUCUACUUGAAGUCCCCCCAAGGGAAUCCCAACAAGAAUUUGACUCUGCGAGUGAUCAACCUCAUCAGUAUAUACUACAGGAAAAGUUCCCUCAACACAUUCUUUAUUCUAAAGGACAUAAUUACUGCUUUAUUGGCUCUUGUAACAGCGCAAGGCCAGGUAGAGGCUGAUGAGGAUUUAAAGCUUGGAAUUGUUUCCUGUAUCUUGUCAUUAAUCAACUCAGCUGUUCCUCCGGUUCUAGAGGAUUUUUACUCUAUUGAAAUGAAACUACCCAUCAGCCAUCUUGUUUUUUCAACGCUAACAUGGGCAGAAAUGGAAAGAUCUAUUGAACUGAGAACUAAAUCUUUAGAGCUACUCAAAAAUUUACUGCACAAGAGAGCCGGGAAAAAUGAAAACAUAUUUCAGGGGUUCUUCCCUGGUACACUUAGCAAACUGACAAAAAUAUUCAAGGAUCCAUCCACUUCCCAGUCCAGCAUCAAGGCGUCUGCUAUCCAAGUCUGGGCUGCUUAUGUCACAGAGAUAUUUUGUGAUGCCCGGAUGGAGGAAUUGGAUCAAGUCUGGAGGGGGAAAGCUCAGACACAAAUCCUGGCACAGUUGACCGAUAUACAGCUGUUAUCUUCGCACUCAGAUCACAGAAUAAAAAAGGCUGUGCUAAACUGUGCUGAUGGGAUUCUUCUGAACUGUUGGAAUAUUCUAGAAAAUUCAAGAUCAAUUGUUUUGAACAUGCUGGUAGUGUGUUCUUUGGAUGAGAAUACAUCAAUCAAUUCAAGAUGUAAUGAUCUGUUGGAUACGUAUGCACUGAAAUAUACGGAUAAAGACGAUCUGUCAUUACAGAUUAAUACACAGCUCCACAAUCUAAGUGUUGAAGUUGGGAAAUGUUUGGGACUGUAUACUGAGCAGAAGCUUGAGGGAACCCUGUCCCUUCUUCUAGGAUAUCUAAGAUUUCUACAGAGGAUUGAGAGAAGUUCAGUCUUCUUUGUCACAAAGGUGUACAUAAGCGUGCUUGUACAGAACUUAAUCCGUGUAUCUCAGUUCUCUAACAGAGCAUCGUGUAUGUUUGGUUCCGAGCUUCCUGCCCACACCCGCAAACAGGAUUUCUCUGAUUUUAAUUUCUUAUUCAAACCAGAAUAUUAUCUCAGUGGAGGGAGAGCAGAGAAGGAUUACCGGUAUCUGACUUCAACCAAACUAAAGAUCCUUCUUCAACAUAUAUGCAGACUUUUAGGAUGCAUGGAGAGUUUUUACAUAAUCCUAGAAUACCUGUUAGAAGGAGUUGAGGAGUUAGAAUAUCUCAAGAGAGAGGUAAUCAAUAUCUUGAACCUUGUUAUCUCCGGUAGAAAAGAUGUAGACGAGGAUUCAGCUCAAGCCUGCACAAGUGUACUGCAGAAAUAUAUUGAGAUAAAACCAACACUACACCAGAAUGUACUUGCUAAAGCUAAAUCAGGAGAGAUAUCAAGGUCAAUUAGUGAGAUGAAUGAUCAGUGGACCGAAGAAUUGCUGGCUGUUGAAGGACUUGGCAUUAUUGGAAAUAUAUGUGGAAACAAACUCAGUUGCUAUCAUCCUGAGAUCCUGCUUUACUUGGUCUCCAGUGUAUCCUUGGUCGAUCCUUUAGCUGUUCAAGUUCUUUUCUUCUCCGUAGCAGAUAUAAGUUCAGGUUGUGGAUUAUCAAUUCAAGAUCUGCUUUUGAAUAAUAUUGAUCAUUUGACCAAAGAUCUGAAUCUAAUGUUGAGACAAAGACAAACCAACAGCCCUGGUCUUCCAACCCUUAUUAGGCUCGUGAUGCAGGUAUCUCCUGAAAAUCAGGAUUUAGAAGACCUAAAUGAUACAAUCGAAUCCUUAGUAGUUAACCUUGCAACAAGUCAAGAACAUCAAGUUUUAGAAAUACUGAACCUGGUUCGAAUAUUUGUGACUGGAUACCAGGAGGUCUUCAAGAAAACUGUUGAGAGGGUAGUGAAGACAGAAGAUACAGGAAUAAUAACAACCAUGGUUCAAGAAUGGGAAGCUAAGAGAAAAGCAGAGAUUGAAGAAACAGAAGAACUUCUACAAUGUCCAGAAGAAGGAUUGCAUGAUCAACAAGAUGAUGAUGUCAAUAUGGACGAACCUGAACCGGAACCUGAAGCUACUCCACUAACCCUGGAUCAGAAGUUCCUUAAGACUGUUCUAGAUCAUGUCCGCCAUUUUGUUUCUAUGGCUGGAAAACCGGUUUGGCAAUUGGCUGCACUCGACUGUAUAACAUCAUGCAUAAGCUUACUUGGUUCAACACCUGGUCAAAUAUAUGGAGAAAAGCAGGAAAUUAUUAUGCCCCUGGUUCAUCAAGUUUGGUCUCCUCUACAUUUACUCUUCAAAUCCACAAACAUCUUCAUAGUAGACAAGGCAUUUGAUUGUCUGUGGGUGAUUGCAACGCAUGCACGAGAGUUUGUUCACAAACGAACUGUUUCCGACGUGUUCCCUCCCUUGCUCUCAUUCUUCCGUAGUCUGGAGAUAAUGGUGAAGGAUAGGGAUAAACAGAAUACAAUGGCGGCAACACAAUCAAGGAGGAUUCUAAGUAAGCUUGUGGACGGCAUCUGGGCCUUGUUAGAUCUUCUUGAUCUUUCUCCUUUAGAGACAGAUCCAAUCAUUCAAGUACUGCUAGAUCAUGUACAGGAUAAGAUUGUAUACGGAGACACGAAAUAUUUCUUCCAACCUAAGCGCCCCUUGGACUCUAACAUACUCCAGCUUAAACUAAAUUACUAAAUCUUAAAUAGAUUCAGUUAAACUUUUUUUAUCUUGUUAAUCCUUCAUUUGUGAUAAUGAUUCGAGUAUGUUUAUAAUGAAUACAUUUAUACAACUCUUA